AUGGGCGAAUCCUCCGGCAGCGUCGACCAUGAUGCCUCGCUUGUGGAACACAAAGCAGCCGUGGCCCGAAUUUCCAAACAGGUGACCGACUUCCACACCAACAAGGUCCCCUUCCGCAUCUUUCACGGGAACACCAACUCGACUCGCUUGAGUGAGCGUCUGCGAGACGCCACAGUGGACAUCUCCUCCCUCAACCACGUGCUCUCGGUCUCGCCCUCGAAGCAAACGUGUCUGGUCGAGCCGAACGUGCCCAUGGACAAGUUGGUCGAAGCCACGUUGCGGCACGGUCUGGUGCCCCCUGUCGUACCCGAGUUCCCCCGAAUCACGGUUGGAGGCGGCUUUGCGGGCACAGCGGGCGAGAGCAGUAGUUUCAGGCAUGGCUUUUUCGACAGAUCCGUGACUUGGCUGGAGGUUGUUCUUGCGGAUGGUGAGGUCGUGACGGCCUCGGAGGAGGAAAGACCCGAUCUGUUCCACGGCAUGGCAGGCACCUUUGGCACACUCGGCGUCAUCACCCUCUUCGAGAUGCGCUUGUUACCUGCGAAAGAAUUCGUCGAGCUGUCUUAUCUGAGGGUGGGGAGCAUCGAGCAGGCACAGAAAGUCAUCAAGCAGGUUACAAAACAAAAGGAGACCGACUUUGUGGAUGGAAUCAUGUUUGCUCCGGAUCAAGGGGUCGUCAUGUCCGGGCGGCUCGCUGAUCGGAGCGGCGAAACCAAACAUCUACCUGUUGUCACGUUCACCAAGGCGUGGGAUCAAUGGUUUUACCUGCACGCCGAGGCGAGAAUGGACAGCAUUAUGCCGUCCUCCACAUCGACACCAACAUCCAAGUCUCCGUUCUCGUCUCCUCCUCGCGACUUGAUCCCGUUGACGGACUAUCUCUUUCGCUAUGACCGCGGCGCCUUCUGGACCGGACGCUUCGCAUACACAUAUUUCUACGUGCCCUUCAUUCGCCCCGUACGCUGGUUGGCCGACUACUUCAUGCACACCCGGAUCAUGUACCACGCCUUGCAUCGUUCAGGUCUCUACCAACGCUUCAUAAUCCAGGACAUGGCCCUGCCGAACAAGAACAUGCCCGAGUUCUCCCACUGGCUCGACACGGAGUUGCCGCACGUCUAUCCGAGGUGGUUGUGCCCCUUGAAGCCUGGGGAAGGCGUGAGUAUGAAUCCGCAUCUGAGAAAUGGCCCACUCGCGUCGACUGCAGAGGUAGACUCGGGUUCUGACUCUGGAUCUGCUACCGCCACAGAUCGUGCUGAGGGGGGCGAUGAGGAUGAUAACCAGUUCGACAACGCUCUGCUCAACAUUGGCAUUUGGGGCGAAACUCCUGCCGCAUACCUCCAAGUCACGAUCAACCGGCUUAUCGAACGCAAACUCAAAUCUCUGGGUGGCAUGAAAUGGCUGUACGCACAGACCUUCUACACCGAAGACGAAUUCUGGGACAUCUACGACAAGAAAUGGUACGACGCGUUGCGAAUGAAAUAUAAAGCCACGGGCUAUAUACCUAGCGUGUUUGACAAAGUCAAGACACGGGAUAUCUUGGAAGACGUCGCAGACGAAGAUGGAAAGAUUGUAAAGAAGGACGUCAGAUUACCUGUCGAACGCGGCCUGUGGAGCGUGUGGCCUCUAGCUGGAGUGUACGGGGUACUGAGCGCACUGAAGGGAGGCGACUACUUGAGGAAACGGUAG